GGGCGGAGCGAACGACUGACAAACAUACAUUAGCGAGUCUUCAGAAGUUAAACAUGAUCAGAAUGAAUCGCUAAAGUGACAUGAACUACGUGAUUAUGGGGUUCAUCGUUCACAGACAGUACUCUACAUCGAAGCAUUUAUAUAUAUAACGUUAUAUUAUUGAUUAGUGUUUGACAGAGGCGCCUGUCCUCUCUCUCUCUCUCCUGUUUGUUUACGUUUACAUCAGUUUCAUGUUUGUAUGAAUUUAUGGCCGCGAUGGAUUAUCUGCUGCAGGUGAAAGUGGGAGCUCUGGUGGGGCUGCUGGUCCUAACUCUGAUUUUUGGUUUCAUCCCAGCGCGGAUGAGAUGGUUUCAAGCCUCUAGUGGAACAGAAACCCACAGGGCCGUGCUGAGUUUUGUGAGCUGCUUCGCGGGUGGCGUCUUCCUGUCCGCCUGUUUGUUAGACAUCAUCCCAGACUACCUCUCCGACAUCCACGGAGAGCUAGAAAAACGAGGCCUUGAUGACGGCUUCCCGCUAGCAGAGUUCAUCAUGGCGUGUGGCUUCUUCACAGUCUUGAUCUUAGAAAAAACAGUCCUGAGCUGCUCAGAGGGCCACAGAAACGAGGAGACGGCUCCUCUUUUAGCUCCCGCGGGUCAGGGACAGAAUUCGCUGGGCGAUCUGGAGGGGAGUGCUCACCACGUCCACGUGGAUCUUAACGCGCACUCGUCCUUCCGCUCCUUCAUGCUCUUUCUGUCUCUUUCUCUCCACUCUGUGUUUGAGGGUUUGGCCAUUGGCUUGCAGACCACGGACACUAAGGUGCUGGAGAUCUGCAUCGCUAUCCUGGUCCACAAGAGCAUCAUCGUCUUCAGUCUGUCUGUGAAGCUGGUUCAGAGCGAGGUCAGGCCCCUGUGGGUGGCUCUCUACGUGGCCUUCUUCGCUGUGAUGUCUCCUCUCGGCAUUGGCAUCGGGAUCAUAGUGAUCGAGUCUCAGCUGGAGGCUGGCACUUUCAUCCAGGCGGUGCUGGAGGGGCUGGCGGCCGGGACGUUUGUCUACAUCACCUUCCUAGAGAUCCUUCCCCAUGAGCUGAACUCCCCUGAGCGGCCUCUGCUCAAAGUUCUCUUCCUCCUGUUCGGUUUCUCUGUAAUGGCUGGUCUGAGUUUCCUGGGCUGAAAAAUACUUUUAAUUUUUCUUUGUGCCCUGUGGGCAGAAAACUGGAGCCUCGAGGAAAUCACGCUCUGUGAGACUUCACAAACUGCAUGUGAUUUCAAGAAGACAAAAGGCUCAGUUAGCUUGUUUUUUUUUUUAAGAAGCUUAUGUUUUUAAAAACUUACCAGAUAAUUUAUCAGUUUUGAAUUACUUUCAUAGAGAGAGAAAAGAAAACAUUUUGCUGACCACACUUAGCAUUGAGGAACAUAGCGUCUGACAUGCAAGUGGAGACUUUUACAAAUAUUUUUUACUUGAACUUGUUUUACCUUUUUUUAAACUAGUCACAUUUUAUCAGCAAAUUUGUUUCCAUGCCACUUUAUUGUUUCCUCUUUGACUUGCAUAACACUAUCCAUAAACCACCAGCUGACAGAUUAAAAAUUUUAAUAGAUUUUUAAAUCAAUUUUUAUUAAUUUUCAUACAUUAUGAACAUUGACUGCAAUAUUUAUGUACGUUACAUACAGUCAUUUAGUACUGGUUGUCCCCCUUUACAUGCCACAUUUCCUGUAAAUUUAAGAAAAUUCAAUGGGCAGCCAAAUGUUUUGACUGAACAGUUUGGACUCGUAAUCAUAUAAAACAUCUGAUGAGAUUCCAGAGUAAACAUAGAAGAAAAACCAAUGGGGUAACUAGCACUGUGUUUAUGUUCCCUAUGUAUAUGUUCCAUAAUCAUAUUAAUAUGUACUAACAAAUGGCAUGUUCCUGUUUCAAGAGCUUAAAGGCCUUUACUAAACACUAGCACUAAAUCCUCUGAAAGUUAAUGUUUAAGUAUAUUAAGUGGGUCACUGCCUUCCGUUUAGUUUGCUUUCUGUUUUAACAUGCUCUGUCUGGGGAAGUAAAAAGAUCUGAAACAUGGUUCAAACUUAGCUUGAACUUGCAAUACCACAUUUAGCCUCUAGAUGUCAGCUUUCGACACAAAAUGUCAGUAAAUUAUUGACUGUUUGAAAUUGCAUACUACGUUACUGUUUUGCAGUAUAUAGUAUCCUGCAGUAUGUGAAUUCUCAGUAUGCAUAGAAUUCCUAGAUGAGUUGAUAAUUUUGUCAAACUGUGCAGCAUACAAUCAGAGCACACUGCUUGAGAAACUGUAUCCCACAGUGCCUUGUGCUCAGUAAUGCACCUAUAAUAUUACUAUCUCUCUAGGCUCACUAUUUAAUCAAACUGCCCAAAAUUCAAGCAUUUAUACACAAAACUGGAAUAGAAAUGCAAUUUUAUAUUCCAGAUGAUAACUGGACACCACUUAUUGAAUUAUACAUGCAAUAUUAUGAGGACAUCUCACUACUGUUUGCACCAUAAUAGAAAUGAGUAUGGUUGCAUAAUGCAUACUGGGAAUAGAGAAUGGGAAUGAGAAUAACUGACAGUAUUGUUCUACAGGAGAUUUUUGCUGAUCUUUAUUUUGUAUAUUAUUUGCAAAUUUGGUCUAUUAUCUGAAAAUAGUACUAGUACUUGACAGAAGCAGCAUUAUUAUUGUUAACCAAAACUAA